AUACAGAAUCCUUUUAGUUCACAUAUGAUCAAUUUCAAUGUAUUUCACAGUGUAUUAAAAUCCUCAGUGAUGAGUAGCCAGCAAUGACUUUGUGAAUAGAGCUCCACACGAAACACUGUGUCACCGUGACAUCCGUUCUGCUGACGACCCGAUAACUUAUUGAUCCCAUCAUGCACUCUGCUGCUGCCCUCUCAGCCGACCCGAUAACUUAUUGAUCCCAUCAUGCACUCUGCUGCUGCCCUCUCAGCCGACCCGAUAACUUAUUGAUCCCAUCAUGCACUCUGCUGCUGCAGCCUCCGUGCGUGUGAGCGCCCCGUCCUUCUACUGUCCUCUUCAUCGCCUCCCUUCGGCCUCCUUUCACCCCUCCUCCCUCUCUCUCUCUCUCUCUCUCGCCCCAUACAUUCAGCCCGGCGUCGGUGUCGUGCUCGUCUGGACGCAGAGAGAUUUCUGAACGCGUUUUGUAACGUCCUGCUGCGGCAAGACAUCAGAUGACGUGUUUUCUUACAGAGGUGAUGGUUUGAGUUGGAUUUCUAAAAGGAGGCGCGGGUACAGAGGAGUCAGGAGAAGGGAUGAGGAGUGGAGAUCCUCAGGGGAGUCCAUCCGGGCCGCCAAAGAGCUCCAGGCCGCCGCCGUCCUCGGUCAGAGGGGGGGGCGCAGCGCCUCAGCGAGAGGAGCCCCGUCCUUCUGCUGCGGGCUUCUUCCUGUCGUGAACAUGCGAGAUUCCAACAUGGCGACGGACGCCGUCACGGGGGACCGGCGCGACCGGCUCGCCCUCUUCUGCGACGAGGACGCCGCGCUGCAGCGUCUGCGCGGCGUCCUCCACCCGGAGGGCUGCGGGACGUCUUCGGGGGACGGAGGCCCGAACACCAACGACCCCAACGGGAACCAACGGGAACGUGUCAUCAGAGACAAUCUGAACAUCCUCAAAGGUCCCUCCUGCGCCCCGGGGGGGGCGCCCGAGAGGGACGCCAACGCAAGGAAGAGGAAGAGCGUGUCCUUCGAGGACGACGUCAUCGUCUACCUGUUUGACCAGGAGAGUCCCACCUCGGAGCUCGGAGCACCUCCGCCGGAGGGGGGGUUUGAAGACACCGGCUUGGAGUGGGAAGACGACUUCUCAGCUCUGGAGAAGCAGCAGGCCUCGACCCCGGCGGCGCCCCCCCGCCGAGCUGCCCCGCCCCGCCGCUUCUCCCUGUCCCAAACCUGCCUGUUCCUCACCCAUGUCAGCGAGUCAGACCUUGAGCUCUGAGAUAAAGACUUGUUUACACACACACACACACACACACACACACUGGGCUUAUUUUCACGACACGCUGGUGGUCAAGCGCUGCCCC